UAAUCACAAACAAAAAUCUACUUUCUUCUCCAUAGGUAAUAAGAUCUAUCAGCGGAGAAAAUGUUUGAAUUUGUUUUCCUGUGUUUGGGCAGUGCUGCUGCCGUGAUAUACCUCGGCGGCUACGAGAUUAAACGGAAGGCUGAGUAUCUCAAGAGUGCCACCCGCGUGAAAGAUUUGAGAGGGCUGAGUGAAUUGCUUGAAAACAAGACUAAACCGCUGGUUGUUGCGAUAUCCGGAAGAGUUGGCUCUAGUAGGCCUUUAAAAUGCGAACAUAGUGGCAUUUGGGGUGUUUUUAUGGAGGAAAAGGCCAAACUUGUUUUUGGGACGAGGUCUUUACAUGGUGGUUUGAUGCGCCAUUCUGCAGAGUUUCUAUUAAAACAUAAGGAGGUUCCUUGGUUCCUGGAAGACAGUACUGGCCGGAUAAAUGUAGUUGGAGCCAGAUUUGCCGAGGGUUUUUAUGAUAAUCUAAAAGAGUUUGUGUUUGUCGAGCCAGCGAGUGAACUCAUCAAAAAGUUUGUUAAACCCGAAGGCUUCGUCAAGAUUCUUGAACACAAUUGCUUUGAGCGUGUUCAUGAGCUUGGUAAGCCAUUGACUAUUGUUGGUGAGGCUGUCAAAUACAGCAAUGGAGCUCUCGUGAUCAAAAGACCCACAGAUGGAUCUUUUAUGUUCUUCGAUGGAUAUAGUUCUGUUGAUAAAAUGAUUUCCCUUUUGGAAUCACAAUCUCAGGCUCUAGUAUAUUUCUCCAUAGCCUUAACAGCUGUUGGGACACUUGUAUAUGCCUCGUACGUGAUGCCUUUAAUAAAAAAGUCUUGGUUCCUAGAUAAAUCAGACACCACAGCCGGCCAGAGAGCAGAAACGGAGACCAAGCACAACUCGAUGGGCAAGGCUCAGAGCAAUUAUGCUUUUGGGCUCUGUUUUACCUAUGCAGCAAAUUUCAAUUACAAGCAAACAGGCUUUAUGAUGAUAGUCAAAUCAACGUUUUCUGCUUUGAACAACUUGGGAUUAAGUCAAAGAACAGACAUCUCGAGUAUUAGAGUUAUCUUCUCCAGUGAAUCUAUAUGUCUCCAGAUUCAGAAAGAGCUUGUACCCGCAGCUUCUCCGUAUCCUCUCUGAAAAUUAUGAAGCAUAUAAGAAAGAAACAUAUGCAGAGGUAGCUUUCGAGUGUUGAGGGCCUCGGUCCCCUUAUCCCCAACAAACUCAACUAACAUCC